AUGGACGUUUUGUACAAGCUUAGUGUGUUGCUUGCGCGGGUGGUGAAUAUUAGGGGCAUGCAGCGCGUAGGGCCCUCCCUCUUAAACUCAAAGGUGAACAGGUCUAAGAUCUCUGCAGAACAGCGGUCGCCUCCGCGCCUUGCUACAGAGCUGCUUAAACUUGCCCUUAGUGUAGCUGUUAAGCAGCGUGUCUCUACCCUUGUUAGCGUACUGCUCUUAAUCUUGCUAGGCAUCCCUACGCUGCAGAGACCUAAGGUAGCUGUUUAUGCCCAGCGCCUUCUGCUCUUACUAGAAGUUAGUAAUAGCUGUAAUCUAGGAUAUAUGAGGGAGGAUAUAUACAGCAGCAAGCAGCGCACGCUGAAGCUUAGGCUUAGGAUGAAGUACAGGAGCCAUCAGCGGCGGGCUCAGCAGGCGGCCGGUGCAUUAGGAGAUGUCCACCGCACAGGCGCGAGAGCCGGGGGUGGAGAUCCGCAGACGCCCGCAGGAGGCGAUUGGUCGAGAGGCGAGACAGCGACUCAGCCAAGGCUCAGUGCGGCCUCGAAUACCACAGGCUUUUGUAAUUAA